GCUCUGCGGGAUGGCGCUGGGGCUCCGGAAAGGGCUGGAGGGGCCGAGACACUGCUACAGCCCAAGGCUCUGGCUCUGCGCCCGAAGACUCCUCUAGCCAAGGUUGCCCCUUCCUAACACCCAGGACAAUUAACGAGCAGCUGCUUCAGCCUGGCAUCUCCUCCAGACUGCGCCUGCCGGAGGCGUGGGGUGGGCCGCUAAUUACCCCGGAACCGGCCGGCUCCUGAGUCCCAGCCAGGCUCGGAACGGAAAGGAAACAGCAGCCCGAAAAAGUUACCGUGAAAGUUUGCAGGGAGCCCAGAGCCUGUGCUGUGGCGUGAGGACCGCGUCUGUGCCUCUCCCAAGCCCGGCCCGGCCCGAGGUUAAUCUCCCUCCCUCCUAACGUGGGGUUUUCACUACAGCCAGCUGCAAGUUCAAAUAUUGGACUUGGUGACCCAUCCUCAAGGAUCCCUAAUGUCGAAUCCCCUGUGCCCAUCAGCAAAUGCACAUGAUGAUUAGGCAACAUUCAUGACAUCAGCCGGGAAAAAUCCACUGAGCCGCAGCUUUCUGAUGUCAGGAACCAGCAGUGAGACACAGGCACAAAGGUGAGCCCAUUGACCAGACAAGGGCGCUGAGAGGGACGGACGGUACGGAGAGGCAGAUGGAGAGGAAGCCUGGUGCCAACCUGGAGAUGGGCAGCAAAAAGAAAACAAGGAGAGGCACUGUAGAAAGUGAAAGAAAAGCGUGUCUCUAAACCAGAGAGAGUCCCCUUCCAAGUACCUACCCAGACCCGCCUGACUUCAGCGGAAGCCCGACAAGAUGCCAGAAGGGCCAAUGACAUAGGAUCACCCCCCAUAAGCCUGUGGUGGUGGCACCCCGUGGGUGGUCACUGGGCAGCUUGGACAAGGAGGUUCUCAUUUUCCUUUGGCCACUUCCCACUGGAUCCAAACCAUGAGGAGAAGAGAGAGAAAAGCGAAGGUGCCCAAGGAACAUUAACCCAAGGCUUCCCUGCUUUCGGACUCAGCACCCCUCCCCGCUUCCAGCAGAUAAGGGAACUCCUUCUCCGCGUUGCCCUUCCAGAUGGCAGGUCGUCAGUGGGCAGUGACGUCAGCGCUGUGCAUGUGUGUGGCGGCCGUCUCUCUGCUGCACACUGGCGGGGUGCAGGCAGACUGCUGGCUGAUCGAGGGUGACAAGGGCUUCGUUUGGCUGGCUAUCUGCAGCCAGAACCAGCCCCCCUAUGAGUCCAUCCCUCAGCAAAUCAACAGCACCAUUGUGGAUUUGCGACUGAACGACAACAAGAUCAAAAGCGUGCAGUACUCCUCACUCAGCCGCUUCGGUAACCUGACAUACCUCAACUUGACGAAGAACGAAAUCUCCUACAUCGAGGAUGGUGCCUUCUCAGGACAGUUUAACCUCCAGGUGCUGCAGCUUGGCUACAACCGCCUGAGGAACCUGACCGAGGGAAUCCUCCGGGGCCUAGGAAAGCUGGAGUACCUCUACCUCCAGGCUAACCUCAUUGAGGCAGUCACCCCCAAUGCCUUCUGGGAGUGCCCCAACAUAGUGAACAUUGACCUGUCCAUGAACAGGAUCCAGAGACUGGACAGCAACACCUUUAGGGGCCUGAACAAACUCUCAGUCUGUGAACUCUACAGCAACCCCUUCUAUUGCUCCUGUGAACUCCUAGGCUUCCUGCAAUGGCUGGAAGGCUUCACCAACAUGACGCGCACCUAUGACCGCAUGCAGUGCGACUCCCCGCCAGACUACACUGGCUACUUCUUGCUAGGCCAAGGCCGGACCGGUUACCGCAAUGCUCUGGGCAUGCUCUCCACCCUCUGCACUGGCAGCUCCUACACCAUGAUACCUCGCUUUAUCCCACCCAGGUACCAAGUGACCACGGCUCCGUCAGAAAGCCCAUGCUCUGAGGAAGAGUGUUUCUCCGGGGACGGCACGACGCCCCAGGUCUCCCUCCACACGCCCGUGGGUGAGACGGAGAUGCGCCCCAACAUCCGGGUGAAGCAUCUCACCCACAACUCGGCCACGCUGACGGUGCAGAUCCCGUACCCGUUCAGCAAGAUGUACAUCCUGGCGCAGUACGAGAACGGCUUCUCUUCCGUCAUCACCAAGCUGAAAAAACAGAAGGAGGACAUUGAGCUGACUAACCUUGUAGCACAAAGAGACUAUACCUACUGUGUGGUCUCCCUUCACCACGUCUUAAGGUACAACCACACUUGCCUCACCCUCUCCCCAAACAAAAUGAGCAGAGAGGACCCAGUGCCCACUCCCUCCACCGCCACCCACUAUAUCAUGACGAUCCUGGGCUGCCUGUUCGGCAUGGUAAUUGUUCUGGGGGUGGUAUACUAUUGCCUCCGUAAGAGGCGUCAGCAGGAGGAGAAGCACAAGAAGGCAGCUGGGAGCAUGAAGAAGACCAUCAUCGAGCUAAAGUAUGGGCCAGAGAUGGAAACAACCAGUAUUACCCAGCUGUCCCAGGGGCAGAUGCUGGGUGGGGAGACAGUGACCCGCAUCCCCUACUUGCCCUCUGCUGGGGAAGUCGAGCAGUACAAGUUGAUAGACAGCAGCGAGACCCCCAAGACCACCAAGGGGAACUACAUGGAAGUGCGGACAGGGGAGCAGUCCGAGAGGCGAGAGUGUGAGCUGUCCAUGCCGCCUGACAGCCAGAGCUCCGUGGCUGAGAUCUCCACCAUCACCAAGGAGGUGGACAAGGUGAACCAGAUUAUCAACAACUGCAUUGAUGCCUUGAAAUCAGAGUCCACCUCCUUCCAGGGGGUGAAAUCGGGGGCGAUUUCCACCGCUGAGCCUCAGCUGGUACUCUUAUCAGAACAGAUCUCUGGCAAACAUGGCUUCCUGUCCCCUGUGUACAAGGAAAGCUACAGCCACCCGCUGCAGAGACAUCACAGCAUGGAGGUACCUCCCAAACGCUCCAGCACUUCCUCCAGCGGCUCCAUACGGAGCCCCAGAUCCUUCCGCUCUGAGGGCUCCGGCCACAAGUCAGAAGCCAAGUACAUUGAGAAGACAUCCCCGACCGCAGACACCAUACUCACUGUGACACCAGCGGCAGCCAUUCUGCGAGCAGAGGCCGAGAAGAUCCGACAGUACAGCGAACAUCGGCACUCUUACCCGGGCUCACACCAGGGGGAGCAGCACGACAGCUUGGGCGGGCGUAAGCCCUCCAUUCUGGAACCUUUGACCAGACCCCGCCCCAGAGACCUGGCCUACUCUCAGCUCUCUCCCCAGUAUCACAACCUGAGCUACAGCUCCAGCCCAGAGUACACAUGCAAACCAUCACACAGCAUCUGGGAGCGCUUCAAACUCAACCGGAAGCGGCACAAAGACGAGGAGGAAUAUAUGGCGGCCGGCCAUGCCCUGCGCAAAAAGGUCCAGUUUGCCAAAGACGAGGAUCUUCACGACAUCCUAGACUACUGGAAAGGUGUGUCUGCCCAGCACAAGUCCUGAGUCCUCACGCAGCUCGUGACUUAACACUAACUGGACCAAAAGAAACCCGCAGCAGCUAUUUUUAUCUAGACUGUCUUUCAAACAAACAAACAAACAAACAAACCAUAAAUUAUGAGAAAAAUCUAUAAUUAGUCUAUAUAAUGUAUGAGAGAGAAAGAUUACAAAAGAUCUCCUGUUUAUGAGAUACGCACCAAAUUUGAACACAAAGAGACUUAAAAAAAACAAACCUGUGGAGUGAAAAAAAAAAGUUUUUGUUUUUGUUUUUUUAAAAAAAGAAAAAAUAUAUAAAAAGGGGUGGAGGUUGGGCAGAGAUUUGAGGUCUGGAGUAUUCCAAUGUUGCAUCGCAUGAUUCCCUAUUCCGUGAUUUUGUGGAUUCUUUGUGUACAGUUUGUCUUCUUCUUUCUCCUUCCCUUCCAAACAAAACAAAAACCAAAAAGAGACCAGAAGGAGAAAGUUCCUUUGGGCUUUUUGCAAAUGGAGUCUUCCAGCUUAGACUUUCAUCCAGUCGAAGGCUCGUUCAUGUGUUUAUUCACUGGGAGGUUUUACCACAUGUUGCAUUGUAAACCGAAGUUGUCCUACUGUACAGAGAAAAUUUCUAUAUUUGCAAUGUUUGCUGUAUAACAAGAAAGA